AUGAACGCGGUCGAGGCCGAGCUGGACGGCCUGGUUGGUCGGCUUCACGUCGAAGUCAAAGCCAUUAUUGGCUUUGCUCGCCUGGCUUCUGGAGACAUUUUCGAAGUAUCAGUUAAGCAUGGUUCGCAGAAAUGGAAAACCCGCGGUAAAACUCAGCCUGACCGCGCUCAACGAUGGGAUAGUGCUGGACAUAACUUUACCUGUUAUCCUGAUCACCCGAUUCAUGUUAAAGUGACUGAAAUAAGGCUGAUCAGAUCGGUUAAGUUGGCGGAGAAAAGUUUUGAUCCGACCAAGUUUUUCUCACCACAGCCUCAACUGGUCACUAUGAACUUGAAUGCUUUGGGGAGUUUGAAGUUACAGAUGGUUGUUUCUUGGUUACCCCUAAUGACAUCAAAGAACAUGCCCCAACCCAACUGUGUGCCAUUUAACCCGGUGAACCGAAGCAUGUCCAUGGUUCAACGAAAUGGCGAAACUGAUAAGCCAGAGCCCCCAGUUAAAGUUUGUCUUCGAGAAAAGAAAAGAGGAAGACAAGCCACACAACAGCUGAAAGAUCAACAAAACUGGCGUUCAUCUACCACAAUAUUGGACUCGGUUUACAAGGAUCUGAGCAAGAGUAUACCUACUAUUGAUGAUGUAGGUGUCUUUUUUUUAAUUUCACUUUUCUCAUUUUUUCAAAAAAAAAUUUUGAAUUUUGACUUUUUUAACUUUUUUUUGUCAAAAAAAUUUAAAACUGACCCUUUCAGCUAACAGCCCUGACUGAAAACCGUGACAAAUACAGUCAUCGUUACAAUCAAUCCGAAGGCUUAUCAGAUCGAACUUCAUCGUACCAUAAUCGUCAACCUAAGCCCCAUCUAGGUACUUAUAUGUUGACCAAGCCGGACGAUGAGAAUUGGUCUCGGUCGAUUUCUAUGCACCAUUUGGCCAUGAACGACCAUAACAGUACUAGGAACCAUAUUGAUCAAAACAGUACCAUCCACCACCUAUCCGACCACAAAAAGCUUCAGAAGCCGGAACAAUGUCUCGACCCGCCACCAGCAUGA